CUAUUUUUCUCCCAUUCUCUUAUUUGGAAUAUUCCUGCAUUUUUAAAAUCUCAAGAUGGUGCAGAAGAAAACUGAGCUUAAAGGCUUCCAUCGUUCUUUUAAGGGCCAGAAUCCUUUCGACCUGGAAUUCUCUCAGUCCACUCACCUGGAAUCUGUCUUCAAUUUUGAAUGUCCCUCUCGGCCCGACAUGCCUUCGAGUCAGCCCAUCGACAUCCCCAAUGCCAAGAAAAGAAACAAGAAGAAAAAACGCUGCAGAGCCACGGACAGUUUUUCAGGGAGGUUUGAAGAUGUUUACCAGCUCCAAGAAGAGAUCCUCGGAGAAGGGGCACAUGCAAAAGUCCAGGCCUGUGUUAACCUCAUUACUAAUAAGGAGUACGCAGUGAAGAUAAUUGAGAAGCGUCUUGGACACAUCCGAAAUCGGGUAUUUCGAGAAGUGGAAAUGCUGUAUCAGUGCCAAGGACACAGAAACAUCCUGGAGCUGAUUGAGUUUUUUGAAGAAGAGGACCGGUUCUACCUCGUGUUUGAGAAGAUGAGAGGAGGCUCCAUCUUAACCCAUAUCCAUCGUCGACGCCAUUUCAAUGAGCUAGAGGCCAGCAUGGUGGUGCACGACAUAGCCAGUGCCCUUAAUUUCUUGCACAAUAAAGGAAUAGCACAUAGAGAUUUAAAACCAGAAAAUAUUCUCUGUGAGAGUUCAAAUCAGGUGUCUCCGGUGAAAAUCUGUGAUUUUGAUUUAGGAAGUGGGAUCAAGCUGAAUGGUGAUUGUUCUCCCAUCUCCACCCCAGAGCUCCUCACUCCGUGUGGUUCAGCAGAAUAUAUGGCCCCAGAAGUGGUGGAGGCCUUCAAUGAAGAAGCAUCCAUCUACGACAAGCGCUGUGAUUUAUGGAGCUUGGGAGUCAUUCUGUACAUCAUGCUGAGUGGUUACCCCCCUUUUGUGGGUCACUGUGGAACGGACUGCGGCUGGGACCGUGGUGAAGCGUGCCCUGCUUGCCAGAAUAUGCUGUUUGAAAGCAUCCAGGAGGGGAAGUAUGAAUUUCCAGACAAGGACUGGGCUCACAUCUCUUUUGAAGCUAAAGACCUCAUUUCAAAGCUUCUUGUAAGAGAUGCCAAAAAGCGUCUGAGUGCGGCCGAGGUCCUCAAGCAUCCUUGGGUACAAGGGUGUGCUCCUGAUAACACGCUCCCCACUCCAAUCAUCCUACAAAGGAACAGCAGUGCCAAAGAGUUGACAUCGUUUGCCGCCGAAGCCAUUGCUGUCAACCGUCAGUUAAUGCAGCACGAGGAGGAAGCUGCGGAGGAGACCCACCCCAUUAUCAUCAAAGCUACCUCAUGCUCUAUGCACCUCUCUCCUCCUUCCGAAUCCAAGCUGGCCAAACGGAGACAGAAGACCAGCAUGGCUAAAGCGAACGCCACCCAGCAUCUGGUGACCCCCUUGGUCUUGGUUGGGGAUCACAUGUGACUGCCUUUCCUUAUAUACGUCCAUUCUUCCAUUCCUUCCCUCACCCCCCACCUCUUCCGUGCUUUUCGGACAAAAAGGUCUGCUUGAAUAGCUUAACAAAAGAUCAAGAUCCAAAUUGGCUGGUUUCCAAGAAUUCUUUUCCGUCUUUGAUCUUGUUCGACACAGGCUGUUUUGUUUCUUGUUCCUUUUUGUUUCUCCCUCUUUCUCUUUC